UGGGUGAGAUUUGGAUAAAUUGGUGAGGAAUCCGAAGAAACUGGCGAGAUUACAAGCGAUUCUGAUAUAUCAGAAGCUAUUAAGAGGAAGAAGAGGCAUGGCUCCUACAGGGAACGGCCCAGUGAUACCAAUUCUAGGUUUUCUUACAUGUGUGGCUUUUAUCUAUCUCUCGUUUGGUGAUUUGUUGUUCGAUUUCAAAAGGGAAAGCGAGUUAGGGUUCGUGAAACGGAAUGGGACACAGUUUGUGGUCGAUGGUAAGGCUCUGUAUGUGAAUGGUUGGAACUCUUAUUGGUUCAUGGACCAUGCUGUGAAUGAUCAUAGCAGACACCGUGUCGGUGCUAUGCUUGAAGCUGGAGCUAAAAUGGGUCUCACUGUUUGUAGAACAUGGGCUUUUAAUGAUGGAGGCUACAAUGCUCUUCAGAUCUCUCCUGGUAGAUUCGAUGAACGAGUCUUCAAGGCAUUGGAUCAUGUAAUCGCAGAGGCAAAAACACAUGGUGUUAGGUUGCUUCUUAGCUUAGUGAAUAACUUACAAGCGUAUGGAGGGAAGACUCAGUACGUCAACUGGGCAUGGCAGGAAGGUGUAGGCCUCAGCUCGUCCAAUGAUUCCUUCUUCUUUGACCCAUCUAUCCGCAGAUACUUCAAGAAUUAUCUCACGGUUGGAACCAUUUGCCAGGUGCUGCUCACCCGCAAAAACUCUUUAACUGGUAUCGAGUACAGAAACGAUCCUACAAUUUUUGCAUGGGAGUUAAUUAACGAGCCUCGCUGCAUGUCUGAUGUCUCUGGGGAUACCCUACAAGACUGGAUUAACGAAAUGACAGCAUUCAUUAAAUCGAUUGACAGCAAGCAUCUUCUGACCGUAGGCUUGGAAGGGUUCUACGGUCCGAAUAGCCCAAAACGGCUGACAGUUAACCCCGAACGGUGGGCCUCUGAGCUUGGAUCAGAUUUUGUUCGAAAUUCUGAUUCGCCAAACAUCGAUUUUGCAUCGGUUCAUAUCUACCCUGAUCACUGGUUUCACGAUCAAGGGUUUGAAGAAAAACUCAAGUUUGUGGUGAAAUGGAUGCUAUCUCACAUUGAAGACGGUGACAAGGAACUGAAGAAGCCUGUUCUAUUCACCGAGUUCGGCCUCUCGAAUCUGAACAAGGACUAUGAUCCAUCACAGCGAGAUCGAUUCUACAGAACCAUCUUUGAUGUUAUUUACAAAUCAGCCAAGCGGAAGCGGUCUGGUGCAGGAACACUGGUAUGGCAGUUUCUGAUAGAAGGCAUGGAAGGUUUCAACGAUGACUUUGGAAUAGUCCCUUGGGAACAAGAUUCGAUUCAGAGAUUAAUGAUUGAACAAUCUUGCAGAUUGAGUCGAGUCACUGGACGCCAUCUUCUUGACAAGAAGUCCAUAGAAAUAAGUGGUGAAUCAGUGACUAAUCUCAGAUUUGAUUGCAUCUCUAAGUCAUCGAAGCUUUCUCUCAAGACAUCAUGUGGAAGACAUCACCGGAGGCAAAAUCUCAGCAUCCGAUCCGUGUUUACUGGAAUCGUGGAGGAAAUGGGAGAAGUCAAGAACUUGGGAAUGGCCGAUCACGGAGGAUUCGACCUCAAAAUCGGAGCGAGAGUGGUGUUAGAGGACGUGAAGCUCGGUGACAGCAUUGCGGUGAACGGGACUUGUUUAACGGUGACGGAGUUCAACGCAGAGGAGUUCACAGUGGGGUUAGCACCGGAGACGCUGCGAAAAACAUCGUUGGAGGAGCUAAAGAAAGGAUCUCCGGUGAACUUGGAGCGUGCGUUGCAGCCAGUGAGCCGGAUGGGUGGACACGUGGUUCAGGGACACGUGGAUGGGACGGGAGUGAUUGAAUCAAUGGAGGUAGAGGGUGAUUCUUUGUGGGUGAAGGUGAAAGCUGACAAGGGUUUGUUGAAAUACAUUGUGCCUAAAGGAUUUGUGGCUGUUGAUGGGACUAGCUUGACGGUUGUUGAUGUGUUUGAUGAAGAGAGUUGUUUCAAUUUCAUGAUGGUUGCUUAUACGCAGCAGAAAGUGGUGAUUCCUACUAAGAGUAUUGGACAGAAAGUGAAUCUUGAGGUUGAUAUCAUGGGGAAAUAUGUUGAGAGGCUUCUCACCAGUGGUGGCUUCUCCUUGAACAAGGCAGAGGAAAAGAAAUGAUUAGAUGGGACUUGGGAUUGGGAGCUUUUGGUGAGCGGAGCUUGACCUUUUGGCCUCGGGUUCUAUGUAAGAUAUAUUUUAACCUCUGUUUCUUCGUAAUGGUGCUAGUGAACAGUCCACGCAUUUAGGCGCGGUGAGAAAAGUAGAUGAAUCUUAUUGAGUAAUGAUGAUCAAUUCAUUCGUGUAAUAAACCCAAGAAUCAAAU